AUGACAGACACAGUGACAACUCAACAUCUCAAGGCGCAAGCCGUGGACCAGCCAUCCAAAAAGAAGGAGAGUCCCAUCUCACUGGCCAUCACGCCUUGGCUCAACUCACUACCAUCAACUCUCCUGGAUUUGCUCAAGCAAAACACAGGGGCCUCAACACUCGAAGAAGUUCAGCAGAAUCUUGUAGGCUCGGCUCCAAAACGUUGGGUAGUUUACGAACCCAUGGUCCUCCUCCCAAGCGGCAGCUUCACCUCCGAACCCUGGCCCUCCCUCCUCACCUCUCUCUCCACCUCCCAAAAAGAAGACCUAUGGACAUCCAUCCUCGAUCAACUCUCCCCACCGAAAGCACCCCUCACCCACCUCGCCAUAAACGAAGGCAUCCCCCUUCUCCAAUCCGAUCAACAAGAAGAAAACAUCCUCCGCUCCCCCACCGGCCUCCACCCCCUCCAUGGCUCCUUCGGCUCCCCCACCUCCCCCUCCUUCCCCUCCAGCCUCUGGGUCUCAACAAAACAAAACUCCCUCACCCAAAUCUGGGCCCCCUUACACACAAUGUUCUCCCGCGGCAACAUCAAGGAAAAAGCCCGCCUUCUAUCCUUCCACUCCACCAUCCCCCUCGGCUCCCCUCCCCUCCACCCCCACCGCUAUCUCCCCCCCGCCACCCUCAACAACAGCUACGCCAUCGACCUCUACGCUGGAAUCGGCUACUUUGUCUUCUCCUACGCCCGCCUCGGAUUGAAGGUCCUCUGCUGGGAGCUCAACCCCUGGAGCGUUGAAGGUCUCCGAAGAGGUGCCCUGGCCAACAAAUUCACCGUCAAGGUCAUCACGACCCCAGAAGACCUGGGCAGACCGACAAAGCAUCUGAUAGCGGGGGCUGAGCAACAAAUCAUCGUCUUUCAGGAAGACAACCGGCAUGCGGCCCGUCGUAUAGCUGAGCUUGGCGAGGAAGAGAAGCCCAAAGUGAGGCAUGUCAACUGCGGUUUCUUGCCCACUAGUGAGCCGGUAUGGAAGGACUCGUUCGACAUCCUAGUGCAAGGGUUUGUUGCACCGUCGUCGUCGUCAAAACAGGAAGGAGGCUGGCUUCACCUCCAUGAGAAUGUCGGGGUCAAGGAUAUCGAGACGCGCAAAGCCCAGAUCCAGGGGUUGUUUGACGGCUGGUGUUCUGAAAGCCAAGACGCCACCCUCAAAGCCAAUGUUGAACACGUCGAGAUGGUCAAGACUUACGCCCCGGAUGUCUGGCACGUCGUUUUUGACGUGUACGUCUCUUCGUCUAUUAUAAACUAG